GUCUACUGUGCUGUACUACUGAGCGGAAAACAACAAACCCUAAUUUCAAUCAUCUUUGGAGGAGCUUUGACCUCGCCCGCCCGCCCGCCCGCCCGCACUCAAGGAGGAACCUCUGGUAAGCCGCGAUUCUACUCGAACUGUUGGAUUUUAGGAACUCGAAAUGGGUGAUGAAUCGUUUAAGAACGGAGAAUUUCAUGAUGCUAGUACUAUAGAAAUUACCAGGGAUGAGGUUUCGUUGAAAAUUACUAAACUCAACGAACGGAUCGCUGAGCUUGGUAAAGAAAAAGGUGAAAUAAUUCAAGAAAAUGAGGCCUGUAAGAGUCAAAUUGAAGAGUUGAAGGCGUCUGCCCAAACGUUGGUCACUGAGAACACAGAGUUGAGGAGGCAGGUUGAGGAAGCCAAAUCUGAAAUCAAUGCAUUGCAAUCUGUGGCAUCCCGUGCUGCAGAGCUUGAAGGUGAAGUGACCAGGUUGCAACAUGAUUUCUUGUCAACAAUGAGCAAUUUGCAGGAAACUUGUGUUGAGUUGUCGGAAAUGAAAGGAGAAUUGGAUGAUUUAAAGGAGAAGGAUAAAUCCAAGGGUGAUCAGUUGCAGGCUAUUGUGAAGGAGAGAAACAUGUUAAUGGAUAAGGUGGAGAAACUGGCAAAUCUGGAAAAAGAGUUGAGGCUUGCAGGCAAGGAUAAGGAUCAAGAAAUCAGAGAGUUGCAGAAUAAGAUUGAGGAAAUGGAAAUGGUUGUGGGAAAGAGCAAGAUUCUGGAGAAGAUUAAUGAUGAUUUGGCAAAGCAAGUUGAAAAAAUAGAGGAGCAUAUCAAUAGUUUAGAUAGUAGUUUGAAAGAGAAAGAUAAGGUCAUUUCAAGCCUGCGCAUGAAGGAAAGAGUAAUCUGGAAUGGUGAUAGCCUCAAUCCUUCAAAGGAUGAUGGGCAUAAGGGAUUAACUGGAGGCUUGAAACACAAGGACAAGCUGGUUGUUGGAGGAUCGACCGUUGCUGCUGUUGCUGCCAUGGGGGUUGCUUGCUAUGUGUAUGCUGCAAAGAAACAUUGAUAUGGAAGCGCUCUUGCUGCGAGAAGUUAUAUGUGCUUUCUAAUUCUGAUGAUAAGGAGUGUCAAUUUUGAUAGGCGCAUUUCUCUGGUUUGUCUGUUCACUUGGUAUGAUAACCUUCUGCUUUCUGUGGCGCAAUAAUGUUUGAUAAUACUCCGUACUAGUUUACUUUGAACUGCAGUUCUUCAAUAUUUGCGAAUAUUAAUCUUGAUGAAGCUUUGAAUGUUGUUUAGAACUUGAGCUCAAUAUUACUGCGUGUAGUUUGUCAUGCAUACCUUUAUUCGAUUCGAUAUGGUGCUUGGAAUUUGAUUC